CCAAAGUCGAGUCACCCAUCGCGAGCUCACACCUUUCCCAUCUUCUCAUCUCCAUCUCAGACAUCUGAGCAACGAGCCUGAAUUCUCCGGCUCCUUUAUACUUCUUUCUAUACCACAGAACAGACUACAUCGCCACCAUGGUUCUGGCAAAGUCGAAGAACAAGGUGGGGUUGGGAAACUCCCUGAUGAAUGAUCGCUUUGGCAAGGGCAAAGGCGGCGAUCGCAAGAAGGCAUCGGCAGUCACCCGUACAAACCACCAGACGGGUGAGGAGUACCUGAUCAAUGAGAAGGAAGAUGCUUCGUGGGUCAAGAUGCGCUCAGUCACCCAGCAAGGCGCCCUGGACGAGUUCCUUUCCACAGCGGAGUUGGCCGGUACCGACUUCACAGCGGAGAAGAUGGACAAUGUCAAGAUCAUCCACACAGACCAGAAGAACCCGUACUUGUUGUCGGCCCAUGAGGAGAGGGUCGUUCUGGGAAAGCACAAGCAACACAAGGCCAGACUGACGGUACCAAGGAGGCCGAAAUGGGAUUCCAACACCACACCAGAGCAGUUGGAUCGCAAAGAAAGAGACAGCUUCCUGAGCUGGAGGCGGGGGCUUGCAGAGCUGCAGGAAAACAAUGAUCUUUUGAUGACGCCGUUCGAACGAAACAUCGAGGUCUGGAGACAGCUAUGGCGAGUCAUCGAGCGCUCCGACCUGGUGGUACAGAUCGUCGACGCCAGGAACCCCCUACUCUUCCGCUCUGCGGACUUGGAGAACUACGUCAAGGACGUUGACCCGAAAAAGGAGAACUUGCUUCUUAUCAACAAAUCCGACAUGUUGACCCAAAAGCAACGCAAGGCUUGGGCUUCUCACUUGAAGGAGGCAAAGAUUGCCUUCAAAUUCUUCUCCGCUCGUCUAGCGACCGAGGCCAACGAGGAGGGUGACAGUGACGACGAGCCAGAGGCAUCGUCCUCCAAGCGCCCAGCGCAGCAAGCUGUGUCCGAGGGCGUGAGUCUUGGGGAUGAAAAUGACGACGGGAUCGUACCAGCGGUGCCCCUCGACGAGGAGGACACAAAGAUCCUGACCAUUGAAGAGUUGGAAGGCAUCUUCCUGCGCCACUCGCCUACUAAUGCCGAAGGCGACCACAAACUUCAAGUCGGUCUCAUCGGUUACCCCAACGUCGGUAAAUCAUCCACCAUCAACGCCCUCAUCGGCGCCAAGAAGGUGUCCGUCUCUGCCACGCCCGGUAAGACGAAGCACUUCCAGACCAUCCACCUUAGCGAGCGCGUCAUCCUGUGCGAUUGCCCUGGUCUCGUCUUUCCCAACUUUGCCACGACCAAGGCCGACCUGGUCUGCAAUGGUAUCCUGCCCAUUGAUCAGAUGCGAGAGUUCGCCGGGCCUUGCGGCCUGGUCACCCAGCGCAUUCCCAAGAGCUUCUUGGAGGCUGUAUACGGUAUCCGCAUCAAGACGCGUGCCCUUGAGGAGGGCGGUAGCGGCACACCCACUGCCAGCGAGUUGCUGCGUGCCUACGCCUCAGCACGUGGCUACCAAACGCAAGGUCUCGGUCAGCCUGACGAAUCUCGCGCCGCACGUUAUGUUCUGAAGGACUACGUGAAUGGCAAGCUGUUGUACGUUGAACCACCGCCCGAUAUCGAGGACGCCAAGUGGUUCAACCGCGAGUUGUACGACGAACUCCACCUUCCCGAGAAGCGACGGGCGGCUCUGGUCUCCGCCACAGACGACAUGUCACUCAACGAGGCCAAGGACGGCGGCGCGGACACCGAGUCCAUGAUCUCGGAGUUUGUGGCCCUCCCAGCCGGACCCAAGUCCAAGCAGCUCGACAAGGGCUUCUUUGGCGCAUCAAGCUCAGGGGGCAAGAUGACCAUGCCGUUCAACCACAAGUACACCGAGCAAGGGCGCGAGAAGCCGAUAUCCGGACGCAAGGCGCGGACGCUCGUCGCGCUGGAGAAUGGGAUAGACCCAAAGGACGUGCAGGUCGUGUCGGGAAAGAAGCACUACAAGGGCGGCGCGAAAUCGAAGAAGGGGAAGAAGAAGGCGCAGGACUCGGAUGAGGAUUAGGCAUCGUGACGAAUCGAAAAGAUAUGAAUUUCAAGAGCUAGACAUGCAUGUCGACAACUUUCUCCCAUGCUGCGACAUGGUGAACGCACCGGCAGUUCUGUCAACAAACCAUUAGGCUCAUCACAUCUCAUUAGUGUCAUUACUUCGACGCUGCACCCGCGAACUGGCGUGAAGGAGCCGCAAGAGUGGCCCCCAUCUUCGAACGACUUUGGUAGUCGAUACCUCGGCGAUGAUCAGUCGUAAGUGGCCACAGCAUGUACUCGCUAAUAGAUUUGCUCUUAGAUUUGACCCAGCCCUGCUGCUUCUGGUCAACACUCAGCUCCUAAGCGCUCGCCCAAUGUGCGUCCAGAUCGAACAUGUUUUUAAGCGCCCAUCUGCCCGACAGCGCGCCUCGCAACUCUCA